AUGGGCUCCACAAGACUUUACUCCAAGGGUCGUGUCCUCGGCCACAAGCGCGCUAAGCGCAACACCCGCCCCAACACUUCGCUCGUCCAGAUUGAGGGUGUAGCGACGAAGGAGGAUGCGCAGUUCUACCUGGGCAAGCGGGUUGCGUACAUCUACCGUGCGAAGCGGGAGAUCCAGGGCUCGAAGGUCCGUGUGAUCUGGGGCCGUGUUACUCGCCCUCACGGCAACAACGGUGUCGUAAAAGGCAAGUUCCGCUCGAACUUGCCCCCACACGCGUUCGGCGCGAGCGUCCGGGUGAUGCUGUUCCCCUCCAACAUCUGA